AUGGAAUCGCAGCCAGAUAUGAAUAGUCACCAGGAAGACUUCCUGGAAGCAGCUGAAGCUCUUCUAGAAAGAGAAGCUCGCCCUAACGUACGGGCAACUCGGACGGCAACCUCCCGAAGUGUGUUGAUGAGACUGUAUGUCUCUCACUUCUUGUCGACAUGGAACUCACGCAUGUUUGAAUUCGGCGCUGUCUUGUUCCUUGCUUCUAUCUUUCAGGGGACUCUGUUGUACGCCUCGAUCUACGCGUUGGUACGUUCUGCGUCGGCGGUGGUUCUAUCUUCCUGGUUAGGAUCCAAGAUGGAUCGGUCGAACCGUCUGGUAGCCACCCGUCACUCCAUCGUCUGGCAGAGAGUACCUGUUGCAGUGUCCUGCGCAUGCUUUGUGGCCCUUCUGAUGCCUUCAUAUCGAGAAUCUGAGCCUAUUGUCUCGGGCUUAUUUCUUGCGGUUGUUCUGCUCGCUUGCAUGGAGAAACUGGCAGCAACAGCAAAUACUGUGGCUGUCGAAAGAGACUGGGUCAUCAUUGUUGCAGACACUUUAGCAAUCGGGAGGCAAGAUCUGAAUGCAUCGAUGAGACGGAUAGAUCUAUUCUGCAAGCUUGUGGCCCCUGUGGUGAUCUCGCUCGUCGAUGGCUUGUCUACAAAGGUCGCGGUCUGGACGGUCUUGGAAGUGAAUGUUCUUUGUGUCUUUAUUGAAUACAUUGCCAUUGCUCAGGUGUACAAGGCGAUACCGGAACUCGUGCGGACAGUUUCAGUCCCGACAGAUGAUGGGAGCGGAGCUGUCGAGGAUGCACCCGAACGUCCCACGGCGAACCAACAGAGUAUGAUUAAAAGUGCAAUUCACCUUGUCAAACGGGCUGCUUCGCCCUGGCGAGAGUACGUGGCUAGUCCAGUCUUCCUGGCGUCCUUCGCCUUGAGCCUGCUCUAUUUAACUGUUCUCUCCUUUGGCACCACCAUGGUCACAUAUCUCUUGCACACGGGAUUCGAUCCUCUGCAGCUUGGCUGUUUGGCCACUGCAGCAGUGGCUUUUGCCUUAUACGACUCGAACUCUCGGCUGGUAGCAGUGAGUCUCAUCCUGGGAGUUGCUUUGAGUCGGAUUGGCCUUUGGGGUUUUGAUUUGUCGGUUCAAUUUCUCGUCCAAGAGGGUGUUGAAGAAGAUGCCCGGGGGCGAUUCUCCUCAACCGAAAUGGGCGUGCAGAACGUCUUUGAGAUGCUGUCGUUUGCAACCACAGUAGUCUUUCCUCUCCCUGAGCAAUUCAAGUAUCCCGUCUUUAUCAGUUACGGGGCGAUUGUGCUGGCAGCCAUAUGCUUUGCGGCAUACGUGAGAAAAGAGCGAGGACAUUUGCUGCACAUAUCCAAGUGUUGGGGUGGUGAUAAAAUGCGAAGGUCGUACCAGGCACUUCCUGGAGGCUUAUGA